GCCAGCUUUAGAUCUUGGGACUCCGGGUGCUAGUGGAAAGUCCCCCACGACGGAGGGAGCGCUGAAUCAGGGUGGGGUCACUUGCCUCUGGGUCUCUGCCGCUCCGAACCGGAGUGAAGGUCGGAAAGGUGCAGCGGGCAAGGACUCCCUUUCUAGUCGCCUUGGUAAAGAAAAGGAAAGCAGAUUAGAAGAGAAGUCAUGUCAGAAGACACCGUAAAUGAAUCACAGUUUUCCUUGAAGACAGCAGCACUACGAGUGUUUGAUCUUCCUCUAGUUUGGUACUAUUCUCUCUUCCAGAUUAAAUUUUCUCCAGGAGUUAAAAAGUUGUUUGUGGUAACUGCAGUGAGUGCUGUCUCUGUAAUUUUUUUGGCCCAUCACUUUAAAAGAAGGCGUGGAAAGAAAAAAGGGAAAAUAUUACCAUGGGAACCAGAGCACCUCAUACUUGAAUACACUAAAAGAGCAGCAUCAGACAAAGGUUCAAGUUGUUCCAUUAGUAGACAGAAUUUGAUAUUGUCUUUGAGUUCCACCAAAGACAAAGGAGCUCAGUUUUGUAACUAUGCCAAUGGAGGAAUUUUCCGUAAAUAUUCAGGUUCUGCACAGAGUUUGGCCUCCGUCCAGAGUGUCAAUUCUUGUCAUAGCUGUGUUUGCGGCAACUCUAAUUCCUGGGACAAAGCUGAUGAGGAUGAUAUUAAACUUGUUAAUAUUCCUGUGACCACUCCUGAGAACUUAUACUUGAUGGGUAUGGAGUUGUUUGAAGAAGCACUGCGUCGAUGGGAACAAGCUCUAACUUUUCGUAAUAGACAGGCUGAAGAUGAAGCAAGUUGUAGUUCUAUUAAGAUGGGUGCAGGAGAUGCCAUUGCUGAAGAAAAUGUAGAUGAUAUUAUUAGUACUGAAUUUAUCCAUAAACUUGAAGCUCUGCUGCAAAGAGCAUAUCGUCUCCAAGAGGAAUUUGAAGCCACCCUUGGGGCAUCUGAUCCUAAUUCUCUUGCUAAUGAUACUGAUAAAGAUACAGGUAUCACCAUGAAGGGAAAUGUGAAUGACAUUGGCCUGCGAGACACCUUGAGCAUCGCAUCAACUGAUUCCUUUGCUUCAGCAGCAGAGAUCUCCAAGCUUGCAGAACACAGAGAAAUACGGCAUACCUACAGUCUAGAGUCUCUUUGCCACUGUCCUUUUUAUGAAGAAGCCAUGCAUUUAGUUGAAGAAGGAAAAAUUUACUCAAGAGUUCUUAGAACUGAAAUGUUGGAGUGCUUAGGAGACAGUGAUUUUCUUGCCAAACUUCACUGUAUUCGACAGGCCUUUCAGGUAAUUCUUUCAGAAACAACCAACAGGAUAUUCCUUGCUGAGAGUGGACGGAAAAUUUUAUCAGCCUUAAUUGUGAGAGCACGAAAGAAUCCAAAGAAGUUUGAAGAUGUUUUUGAUGAAAUGAUCUACUUUUUAGAGCAAACUGAUCACUGGGAUAGUACUGAAAUGGAACUUGCUGCUAGAGGGGUAAAAAAUCUAAAUUUUUAUGAUGUUGUUCUGGAUUUUAUAUUAAUGGAUUCCUUUGAAGAUUUAGAAAACCCACCCACAUCCAUACAGAAUGUAGUAAAUAAUCGCUGGCUAAACUCCUCCUUCAAAGAAACCGCUGUGGCUUCAAGUUGUUGGUCAGUGCUGAAACAGAAAAGGCAACAAAUGAAGAUCGCAGAUGGAUUUUUUGCCCAUUUUUAUGCCAUUUGUGAGCACAUCAGCCCUGUCCUAGCUUGGGGCUUUCUGGGGCCUAGAAAUUCUCUCUAUGAUUUAUGUUGCUUCUUUAAGAAUCAAGUUCUUUUCUUUCUCAAAGACAUUUUUGACUUCGAGAAAGUGCGCUAUUCAAGUAUAGAGACCUUGGCCGAAGACCUCAUGCAGUUACUCAUUCGCCGCACUGAACUUUUAAUAGCCUAUGUUGGAGCAGAUGCACUGAUGCAUACGAGUAGUUGUAUAAGUAGUCAUGGCCAUGUUAUGUCCAGUGGGCUAUUGGAAGCCAAAGUACAAUAAGUACCGUAAGAACCAUGCAAUUUGAGUAUGCUAUGAAAUAGUUUAAGGUAACUAUUGAUUUUGUACCAUAUAUUACAAGAUCAACAGAGUUGGUACAUUUGGUCUCAGGGAGGAGAAAAAAAUCUAGAAAAGAAUGAUGACCCUACUGUAUGUACACAGACAUUCUGUCUUUGAAUCCCAGUGUAGUGUGUCCAAAGUAGGUUUUUAUAGUCUUUAGGUAAUAAUUUAAGUCAUGAAAAGUUGUGUUGUUUCCAGAAAUACUGUUUGAAUUGAAGCUAGUACUUGGGAGUCAAUUGAUUUGUCUUCUUGAAGCUGUCUGAAAUGUCCAGUAUCAUUCUCAAAAGCUCUGUUUUUAUGCUUUGCACCUAGAAAAUGUACACUUAGCCAAGAUCUUUAUGACCCAUGUAUGCAAGAAUAUGUUACAACUGGUGUCAACAUAUUUAACUUUGCCUGAAAAGAUAUUUUUAAUUGUAAAGUUACUUAUUACUUGUGUAAUAAACUUCAGGCACUAAUGGUGUUUAAUAUAUACUGCUUACAUUAUUGUGUUUGCAUUUGUUUAUGUAAUUGAAUCAGAGAAAUUAUAAUGGCUGAGUAUCAUUAUAAAGCAUUUAAAUGAAUUGACACUGAGAUGUCUACAAUUUACAACUUUAUAUUAGAUUUACUGCACUUUUCAAAAUAAGUUACUACUAGUCCUCUAAGUUCCAAUAGAGAAACCAAAAAAACUUUUAUCUUUUUAUAGACUAGAGCAUCUGUGUCUUGAAAGAAUAUUGAUUGAAAAGAUAACAAUUAUUAACUAAGACAGGCAAUUAAAAGUUUUCCUGUGAUUGUCUCUCAGCAUCUGAAGGUAUUAAUCUUGAUACAGUAAAAUCAUUUUCCUUUCUUCUUCUACAAAACUGGCUUUUAGUUAUUCCCAAGAGUACUUAUACUGGGAAUUUGUCAUAUUAUGUCCACAUUUUAAAAAUAUUCAUAUUUGAAUCUUAGUGAGGUUUUAAAGAAGGUUUUUUUUCUCCCUUGAAUAUAGAACAAAAAUAUUUUUAAUGGUAUGGAAGUAUAUUUCCUGUUCUUUAUGAUGACUGUAUGAACAAAUGGAUUGUUCAUAUGAGUAAGGUUCUUUAGAGUAUAUUAGAUAGUUUUAGAGUUGCAUUAAUUUUAUGUCUAAAUCAUGUACCACUUAUUGGGAAUGGCUGAUUCAAUAUAUCAGUGGAUUGUAUUUGUUGACUUUGCUCCUAAAGUGAGCCUUAUUCAUUUUAGGAGUUGUUUACCCUGAAGGAUCUAAAAUAUAUUUUUUUAAAAAAAUACAUUUUAGAUUAAAGUGCCUAGUUUCUGAUUAAUGAAGUAGAAAAUGAAAUGUGGAAAAAAAGCAUAGUCUUUUAAGGUUUUAAAUUGAUGUAUGUGCAUAGUCUUUUAAGGUUUAAAUUGCUGUAUGUAUGUGCCACAUUUAUAUCCUAUUAAUUACAAAAUAUGAAAUUCAGAAUUUUUAUGCUGUUUGCAUGUACUGUGUUCCAUAAUGUAGAGGUUAUAGCAUUAAAUUGAUAUGAAAUAUUCCUCUACUACAUUUUGAGUAUAUAGCUCCUUCACUUUCCUUACAUAAUUCUUAACAAUUGGCUAUAAUUCUUAUUAUUGAUGAAGGAGUAUCAUUAGAAGCAUCAAAACUAAAAAUUCUAUUAUGUAAUUUUUACUUUUGAUUUAGCAUUUACAUUUUUCGCUUGUUGUUGAGGUACCACUGGCCUUGCGUUAUACACACACACCAAGUAGGCAAGACAGUUACUGAUUACAUUAAUUUACUCUUUGUGGGGGAUGAAUGUUGUAAGCUGUGGUUUAUAGAUAAAGCUAGAAACUUAAUUACUUUUUUAUUUGAGAAAGCUAUUAUUUGAAAUCAGUUUUGAGGAAUUGCACUAUUUAAUGAUGCUGCUACUACAUAAGAUAACUCUGGGGACUUUAUGUCACCAGAUAAGAGGAAUGACUUUCCAGAAUACAUUAUUUUUCCCUUUUACAUUUCACUUAAAAAAAAAAAUGUCCAUAUUCUGGAGGUUGGUUCAUCAAACUCAGUGCUUGGGUUUGAUUGGUUUCUGGUCAGUUUAGUAGCUACUCCUUUAGCAAGAUGCUUUGUUUGUAGCCUUUGAUAAAAGGGAUAAGAGUAAUGAAAUAGAGUUUCAGGGCAAUAAUCAUAGGAAAAACCUCUUUAUUGUAAGGGAAGAAACCUGCCCCCUUUAAAGGAAAUACCUUCCUAAAAAGAACAUUUCUGACAGCAGAAUAAUACUUAAAACAUACAUCUCAAUUUACAUUUGCCUUAAAAUUGGGUUAAAUAACAAAUGAUUACUAGAGCUUUUUAGGGUUGAAACCCUGUUUAACACUGACUCAUGGUGGUACUGUCAGAAAAAUGUCAUUGGCACCUUGAGUCCUACCAUUCACUUCCUUGUGUAAGUUCUAAGAGGGCCUUGAGUUAGUCAGUCCUUCUAUUUUCGGGGGGGGGGAGAUAAUUUUUCAGGUGACUUAUACUUGAUAUUUCUUUCUUUCUUCCUUUUUUUUUUUCUUUUCUAUUUUGGUUUCCCUAUAUUCUUUGUUCAACUAAAAGUCUAGUUAUUUAUGUUAACUGUAUGUUUAUCAAGUGUCAAGAUGGGAUUAUCUUUUAAAAAGAAGCCAUGUUUUCCAUACUGUUUUAGUCAGCUGCAAAGAACUUUCUGCUUCUCUUUCUUAAAUAGUUUUAUUUGCAUCCAUUUAUUAUGAUUCUGUUAAUUUAUUGAAAUAACUGACUUUAUAAAAACUGUUUACAAAUGUUUUCUUGCCUUAAGAGGUAACAUUUUCUACUUAAUCACCUAAGGAGUAACUAUUUUCAUUUUAAAAGGUUUCUUUAGUUUAUUAUUUCUUUAUGCUCAGAAAAUACAAAUGCCAAAAUAACAUUUAAUGUACUGUUCUGGGUCCUUUCAACAUCAGAAAUUUUAAAUUAUGUUCUUAAUUCAUUUGCUUAUAUUUUAAUGUAAACAUGUAUUAGGGAAUUGUUUUGAAUGUAAAUUUCAAGUGAUUAUAAGAAUUAGACUGAAUUCAAAGCUUUUGUUUUUUGCUUGGAUUAAUCAGAUUUAGAAAUAUCUUUUAUGUGAGACUUAAGAAUUUAUAUAAUCUGCAGUUAAUGGAAACAAGGACAUCUUUAGUUUGUUCUUAAUGAUUAUAUUGUUACUGGGUUGUUUAGUUGAGGAAAACCAUGUGUUAGGUGUACCAUGUGUUAGUAAGGACUGCGCUCAUUAAUUGUAUAAAAGUAAAACACUACAGUAGCAGACAAAAAUAGCACUGACUGUUUAGCCAAAAUAAACACUGUAAUUCACAUGGAUGUAUUUCAGUUACUGCCAAAUAAAACAGUGAAUGGUA